UCUGUAGGCCAAUGGGCCUUCUGCACAGUUCCGACGUCACAACGAGGGCGUGAUUACCGCCUGAAGAAUAUGGCGGCGCACAUAUGAAAGUCAUGCAUCUCUCUUUUCUUUUGUGAAUGUGGGUAUUAUCUGUUUUUUAUGUCUAAUUUGUUACCGUAUUUCAGACGUUUGUAACUACAUAUCGUACGCGGCAAUUUUAGUCCUGACUUAGCGGGUAGUAUUUUUUUCCAACGCCAACGCAUAGGCUAAAUUAAAUAACGAAGCUAGCUAAGUAACCGCUUUAGCCGAUUUGACAGAUAAAUCAUGGAGCCCGAAGCACAAAUACGAAACCUUCGGGAUUUUCUGAUGGUCUAUAACCGCAUGACCGAGAUCUGCUUCCGAAGAUGCACCAGUAACUUCAACUACAGAACUCUCACCAUGGACGAGGAGCGCUGUGCCGACAGCUGUGCCGGGAAGUUGAUCCGCUCCAACCACCGCCUGAUGGGGACCUACGUCAGCCUGAUGCCUGGGAUGGUGCAGCGCCGCAUGGCCGAGAUGGAGAAGAAGAACGCUGAGCUGGCCGGGGCUGAAGGGGCAGGGGUAUUAGAAGGGGCGGGGGUAUUAGAAGGGGCGGGGGUAUUAGAAGGGGCAGAUGUGCCUAACUCUCCUGCCAUGGGCGAACAACCUCCAGUAAGGUCAUCAUCCAUCGCCAUGUCGGAUGUCAUACCCGUUGUGGCUCCUCCCACCACACCUGGACUGGCUGAUGCAGGCCCUCCUUUAGCCUCGACCCCGGGUGAAGCCCCUCCUGCUCCUCUAGCCUCCACCACAGAGGUUUCCAUGGCCACUGUGGUAGACAACCCCACAGCACUAACAGUUGUACCGCCCAUGUAUGUGACACAGAGCCCAGUUAUAACAGACGUUAUAACAGACAAAGGAACAGACAAAGCCUCUAUGCCGUCUUUAGUCUCAUUCCCUCUCCCCUCCAGUCCUCUUCCUGUGUCUACCCGGACCUCACAGGACGCUCCGCCGCCAUCUUGAGCUGGAUUGAUCUUCAUCAUUGAGGAAAAGGUUGCCAACUCGGGUCCUGAUGUGCUGCUGGUACACUACUUUAAUCCAGAGUUAAACGCAAGGCCGGAAUGAAUCCCUGCACAAAACCAUGGUUUUUAGUCAGUGUUUGCCAUAUUGAUGGCCUGUUUUAAUCUCCUUUUAAUCAGGCCUGUCCCCUUGGUCCAUUCCUUCUGUAACAGGUCCCGUCAGGUGUAUCAGACAGAGAAAAGGUGGACAAUUCUGGUUAGUUAAUGGUGUAAACUGGAGGGUCAGGUGACCACUUAUGAUAUAGACUAAACAGAAGGACAGUAUUGACAAAUGCUAACGCCUCAGUUCUCAACAUUCUAUUGGAGCCCAACAUUGUUGUGUUAUAUUCUGACCAGAGACCUCCCCUAUCAAAUAUUAAAUUGUUCUGAAAUGGAA